UGUGGCCGCUUUUGGAUAGUUGUUGCAGCAGCCGCUCGCAGAGAACGUUCCAGCUCAAAAAAGCUGCGGCAAAGCAGACUCUAUCAGCUCGUCUCAUUGCCAGAAAUCAUGUGCAACAGAAUAAUGUGUAAAGGAAAAGGGAAGAGCGCUACUGUUUACUUGGCCGCAGCUGUUAUUCUGACGUGUUAUUUGGCGCAAACGGUAGACUGUAAUCGAUCGAAGAAACCAGAGUGGCGAAAAGAAGCCGAUGCAGCCAGAAGGAUAGGUUUCAAAGAGGGGAAAAUUGUGUUCGGGAGAGUUUUUGAGGAAGGGUCAGGACUUGGGUCACAAGUCAUAGACCGGACCAAUAACUCGUCCUCAAACGCUUCUGUAGAGGAGGACGCUGCAUAUCAAGCCGAUUUUGCAGGCUGGGUGGAAGAAGGAACACAAAAUGUUGGUUCCAGAGAAGCAGCGUGGAAGCGCAUGUCGCCCUCCUUGCAGUGUGGUUGGGACCAGUUAAAGUUCAGAGCAGUGGGACCAGGAGCUUCACAGUUUGCUGUGGAACAAUCAAAUGCACCUCCAAUACAUCUGUCCCAAGUCCCUUCCACCUGUGGCUACAGCAUGCGGAGGAACUCCCUUUGGCUUGUCAUGUUGGUUCCCUAUGAUGGCUGCAACAUGGUUCAAGAGGUUGGAAGUUAUGUGCUCCCUAUGCGUUGGCAGGGAAAUCCAUUCUCACUCUGGUGUCCCAAACCUCCAGUUCCUCAUCAUUUCUACCCACCACAAGGUCUACCACAUUUCUUUCCUCCAUAUGCUUUCAAUCCCCAAUAUCCAACUCUUGAGCCAGAGACGACGACAGCACCACCACUAGCUCUCCCUGGACGACACAAUGUCCACUUUCCUCGAUAUCCUUUUGAUCCCCGAUAUCCUUUCAAUCCCCAAUAUCCAACUCCUGAGCCAGAGAUGACACCACCACCGGCUCUCCCUGGACGACACCAUGUCCACUUUCCUCGAUAUCCUUUCAAUCCCCAAUAUCCAACUCUUGAGCCAGAGACGACGACGACACCACCAGCUCUCCCUGGACGACACCAUGUCCACUUUCCUCAAUAUCCUUUCAAUCCCCAAUAUCCAACUCUUGAGCCAGAGAUGAUGCCACCACCGGCUCUCCCUGGACGACACCAUGUCCACUUUCCUCGAUAUCCUUUUGAUCCCCGAUAUCCUUUCAAUCCCCAAUAUCCAACUCUUGAGCCAGAGACGACACCACCAGCUCUCCCUGGACGACACCAUGUCCACUUUCCUCGAUAUCCUUUGGAUCCCCGAUAUCCUUUCAAUCCCCAAUAUCCAAUUCUUGAGCCAGAGACGACGACACCACCACCAGCUCUCCCUGGACGACACCAUGUCCACUUUCCUCGAUAUCCUUUUGAUCCCCGAUAUCCUUUCAAUCCCCAAUAUCCAACUCCUGAGCCAGAAACAAUGGAAACUCCUACAACGGAGGAAACUGAUUGCCGCCACCAGAUCCAGAAGAGUAACUAUGACCGAAUAUUCAAACAGCAUUAA